UCAACCGAAAACCAAUACCUACGGUGUUUUGUAAUAUCGUUUCAUGCAAAAAAAAUUCAUAAUCUGUUUUAUUCCUUUCCAUUUCAUUUUUAAUACAAAAGAGAAGUUUAUGUGCUUCUUUUCUUUUACUCAUCCAAUCGACGCACCAAAGAAAAAAUAACUUUGACAGUGACAGAACUGUGUUUAUUUGUUUUUGUGUGAAAUUGUGGACGUUAAACGCGAAGUCUUGAAUUUUAAUGUCUUUGUGACGUGAACCUCAAUAACUUUUCAAAACAAUUUAAAAGUUUAGUUUUUAUAAAAUACAAUGUUCAGUUUUCGAAUGCGACUUGAAUUUUUAUAGAAUCUGUCAAUGUUUCUCAAAACAACACUUACAAACAGAUGGCGUAGAUAAGCAUACACAGGCCUCUAACAUCGAGGCUCUUGAAACUAAUGGAAGCUGUACAUACAAAAGAACUUAUAAUAAUCAGUGACGACGCAAAACAACACGGCACGGUCAAGGCAUUGCUGAGAAACUUCAGAGUGACCGAAAAAGAAAUGGCUAUCAAAGAGAACCAAAACGAUACUAACAAAUGUGUUUACUCGGUACCCAUAACGCCAGCGAUACAAACAGCUAGAACGAAAUCAAUUAGCGAAGCGAAGAAAGCCUUCCUGAAUGCAACAGUUAGUCCUAAUGCCCCUCCCACCAAACCGGACAAAAGGAUCGAACCAACAGUACAUUAUGCACAACUAGAUAUUAUAACGAAAAGCGAAGACACGAGAAGCACUGGCGGAGGACAUGACUUAAAAACAUCAAGUGAUGUUAAGAGCAAAGAAACGCCAAACGAAGCGACCCACGCUGGGAGUCAUGUUAAGAGAAAAAUAGAUCCGAAUCAAAGAAAAGUCAGCUUUAAAAUUAAAACUGCCGGAACAUUCCACAGGAGGCCGCCUAUCGCUGCGAAAACUGUCACCGUGGCGACCAGCAAUGUUUCAGAGCUCACACAUAAAUUUAAUCUAUUAAAUCAACCGCACAGUUCCCCUAAGCAUUCAAAACUCGCCAAAACAAUAGAAGGCCUACAAACAGCGCGGCGUUCACUCAGUAAUAGCUCUACGCCGUCAUCAACGCUCAGUUCCAGCCCUAACAUCAAAAUAGUGGUUCGUCAGAAGCGGGGUUCUAAAAAGAGAAAUCACAGAAAAAGAUGUUCUAGCAUGGACUCUAUAGACAAAUUGAUAAUCACGGAUAAAGAAUCUACGAAAAUCCAAGUCAUACGCUCUAAAUCUGACGGAAUCAAAGCACCGAAGUACCAAAGCUCGAAAAAGAAGUUAAAAUACCACGAUUCGAACGAACAUCAAAACGGGUCUGAUUCAGUCGACGGUCUUGCCGCUAAAUCUGUAAUUAAUGAACCAGAGAAAGAUAUAAAAGCAACAGGAAACAAUGUCAAAAGUGUUAUCAAGAAAUUUGAAUGUGAAAUAAAUGCUCAAACAAUUAAUACAAAUACGAUUAAGAAGCAACCUGAUCCAACAAAAAGUAUAGUACCAUUAAAAGAGAAACCCAAAGUACCUGAGAAAAAAUCGUCGAUAGUGUUAACAAAGAACAUUGUCGUUAAAGACGGCAUUCCAAAGAUUAAGACGAUUAGACCGAUUUCGAAUUCUAAUGAAACUCCAAGAAAGACACAGGCGGCAAAUCCUGAUUCAACUUUGGUCCCAAAAAAGAAGGAACUAAUAUACGAUAGAAAAAAAUACAAAACAAAUUACAUACACACGGAAAAGCUUCCAUUAAAGGUGGUGGAAAUAAUUCCCGAGGACAUUGAAAAUACUUCUAGCUUAGUAAAAGACCAAAUAAUUACAAAUAUAUCAAAUGAAACUUCGAUAAAUAUCACUCGUGUAUCUGUCAUAACGGAGUCGAAGGCACAAGACGUAGAACCACCGAUAAUUCCCAAUGAAUCUUUUUUAUGGCGUAGGAAAAGCAGCACCCAAAUUUACGCAGAAUCUGAUUUAUCAUCGUCUGCUGAUAUAUCAUCAUGCAGUUUAAUAACAAUCACUACAAAUGAAAAUUCCAUAUCUUGUGACGAAGCCGCAGAAGAACAGUCGCAAACCAUUGAAGUGAAAGAAUCUCAGAUGAAUGUGAACGCUUGUGAGAAGAAUAUGGAUUUUGAAAGCGAUUUAGUCGAAGCAUACAACAAGGAAAUUUUAGUUGGGUACACCCCUAAACCUCAGAAGGAGCCAGUCAUAGAAGACGAUUAUGAGGUAUUAGAACCCAGGGAAUCUGAAAACAUCGUUGUAAUUCCAGUCAAACAGGUCGAUAUGACAUCUAAAAUGAACUGCCCCUUGCCUGAAAUACCAAAACAAACUAGUACUGAGUCAUCCGAAUCUGACGAUAAAGAAAACAUAUAUCAGUGUCUAUUAGAGAUGAGGUCACACCCUGAAGGCGACGAGAGCAGUCUCCAUAAUUAUGAACUAUGCGAAAACGAAUUAGAAGAACGAACGCGAGGAGACGGAGACAGCGAUGACGGAUACGAAUACUGCAAAUCGCCGAUAAAACCUUACUGCCUAACGUCCAGCUCAGGAAUACAAAUAGCCGAAGACUACAAACCCUACAAUAAAGAUAACAACAAAAACUAUGCUAUUUCAAAGUCCGUAAGCGGCACUUCCACCGUCAGCUACGAAAAGAUCGGAUGCGAUCGAAUAUACGAGAAGAUCCCGCCGCGACCUCCGAAAUCCAAAGACAGCAGUCCCACUUACAGCGACAGGCACUCUUUCAUAUCGGACUAUAUCGAAAGCGAAAAUAUAUAUGAUACAAUAAAGCAUGGCGAUGGAUCUUUAUCGCACUGCUACGAGAGCAUACCAAACAGUCCGAGCAUGGUGAAAUUGCGGAAUAACUUGAAGAAGCAGCUGGCGUCUGCUGUUCAGAAGCGAUUGUCCUUCGAUACUGUCUCUAACAUUAGCCAGUCGACUUUGUCGAGCGAACAGAAAACGAAUAGCAUAUACGGCCAGAGAUCAGUGAUAAGCUUUAAUGGACAAGAAGUGGCUUUUCAAGUGCCGUGCAGCGAGACCAGUGUCAGUGAUAGAAGCGAUCGUAGCGACGAUUGGGUUGAUGUUUCUGAUGAGGAGAAAAAUGAACAGAAAAUUGUCAUUGUACGAGAAAGGAGCAGAGGCAGAAAGAGCCCUAUCAGCUGGUCGCAGAAAGUAAGGCAUCAAUGGCUGAAUUCUCCAAAGAAAAGUGAUAGCAAAGAAUGCGACAGCAGCGACUCGUCUGGUCAUCUGUACGAGUCGCUGGAGCCGGCGCCCUCGCAGCCGCCGCGGGCUCCGGUCGUGCCGAUCGAGGAAGACUUCGAUUCCUUCGACAGCGACUCCGAUCCUGAUGACAAUGACAAGACACUUACGUACGCUCAGGCUCCGCCGUUGCCGGCUUCGAAGCUACCAACGCCACCUAGCGGCGGACAAUAUACACUCACCAAGAUAGCCAGCGCCGCCCAGCGAACAAUGAAAUCAAUCAAACGAAACUUAACAAAAAGAUAUUCAGUCGCAAUGGACGGGAAGUCGUUUACUAAAUCAUCACAAAACGGCACGUACGAAGCGCCAACGAAAACGAAAAAAACACCAAUAUACGCAAACUACGAGAAGCCAGAAAUCCAGAACGUUUACAGCAAUAUCAGCUUCAACGACACGAAACCUGUACUCAAUAAGGCGGAGAAUCCCGUGAAAGCUGAAUUCCAAGAAGAGCUGAAAUAUGCAGUAAGCGAAAAAAGGCCGAACAUUAGUGAUGUUCCACCUCCGUUACCGGAAAAACCUCCGCCGGAGAGACCAAUGGCUUCGGCUUGUGACAUGAAGAAGGACAGCGGAACUUUGUCGAGGAAAGCGUACUUUUCGUUCAAAUCCCGCUUCAGAAGAGCGACAUCGUUGGCCGUCGACAUUAACGAUGUCCCAAGCGCUUUGAAGAUCACCAAUUCCACUUUUUAUUUGACCGACUCAAUGGAUGGCGACUCCGGUUUCAGCAAUUGCAGCGACGGUGGCCAGGCCAGCAGCAGCGAGACCCCCCCGUCCCGCCGCGGAGAAGGUACGCUCCGCUACGAGUCGACCCCGUGCCUCGCUCUGGAGCGCCCCUCCGUCCCGCCCCCGCCCCCGCCCACUGACAUUAGCGCUGUCAACGAAGAGUUGAAGCGACUCCUGCCGACGUUGGCGCGCAAGGACAAGAGUCCCAGAGCCCGGACGUCCUGGUACGCCGAGUGCGGAGCGGACGCUACUUCGAACACCGCCUCGACAUCCUGGUACGCGGAAGCUGGUCUGUACCAAGCCGGGAACCUCUCGACAUCCUCCGGCGCGUCUUCAGGGUCGCACCCCGCCUCGCCGCUCCCCCGGUCGCUGUUCACGCACGAGCCGCUCUACCAGUUCUAUAACGCAGCCAAAGUCGAGUCGAUCUACCGGGAGACCGGCGACUCGGACUCCGACGGGUACGAGGCGGGCGUGCCGGGCGCGCAGGCCCCGCCCCCCGAGCCGGCGCGGCCGUCCGCCAUGGCGCUGGUGUCGCCGCGCGGGCCGGCGCGCACGCUGUGGUGCGAGGUCCCGGAGGUCCUCAACUCCGCUGUGCUCAGCUCACUGGCGCCGGCACAGAAACGCCUGCAAGAGGCGAAAUUCGAGCUGCUCACCUCUGAAGCUUCGUACCUGAACUCUCUGAACGUGUUGGAAUCUCAGUUCGUGGCUCAUCCAGCGUUCAGGGACCCACACAUCCUACCACGGGACGACUGGGAGAUACUCUUCUCCACCAUACUGCCAGUACGGAAAUGCUCGCAGUUGCUCAUGAAUGAAUUGGAAAAGUGCUGGCAAGAGAACAUUCUGCUGCAAGGGAUCUGCGACAUAGUGCGGCACCACGCCGAGGAGCAUUUCCAGGUCUACGUCAAGUACUGCGAGAACCAGACGCUGAUGGUCAAAGCGCUGCAGAGGCUUCGGGAGAGACCGGCUUUCGCUACGGCCCUUAAGAGGCUAGAGAGUCACCCGGCUUGCCAGAGUCUAUCCCUCCACUCGUUCCUGAUGCUACCGAUGCAGCGAGUGACGAGACUCCCGUUGUUGAUGGACGCGGUACUGAAGAACCUCUCAUCAGAAGACGAAGAGUAUGAGGCGUGCAUGCAUGCACUAGCGACUCUGAACAAUUACGUCCAGCAGUGCAACGAGGGCGCCCGCAACACGGAGCGCGUGGAGGAGAUGUACCGACUGGCGCGCGUCAUCGAGUUCCCGGCCGGCGUGCGCCACCCGCCCGACCUGGGGCCCGCCCUGGCGCGCCGGGACCGACGGCCGGUGAGGUGGCUGGUCCGGUCCGGCGAGAUGACGCAGCUGGUGUGGAAGAAUGACGAACUGAAGCUGACCUUCGGCAAGAAGUUCCACAAGGUUCCCCUGCACGUGUUCCUGUUCAACGACCUGCUCGUCGUCACCAAGAAGAAAGGCGAGGAGUCGUACGUGGCGGUGGACCACUGUCCGCGCUCGCUGCUGGAGGUGUGCAGCGCGGAGGGAGUGGCCGCCACCAAGCACGCGCUGCUCCUCACCCUCCUCGACAACCACGAGGGAAGGACCGUCGAAAUGUUGAUGUCGUGCGGCAGUGAGACGGAGGUGUCGCGAUGGCGCGAGGCGCUGUGGCUGCCCGCCGCCGCGCCCGGGGAGGCGGUCUACGCCGGCUGGGACUGUCCGCAGGUGUGCGCGCUGUACGCGUACGCCGCCGCGCAGCCCGACGAGCUGUCGCUGGCCGAGGGCGACGUCGUCAACGUCACCAGGAAGACGGCCGAAGGCUGGUACUACGGCGAGCGCACCCGGGACGGGGAGGCGGGCUGGUUCCCCGGGGCCUACUCCGCCGAGAUCGCGUCCCCGCACGUCCGGGCCCGCAACCUGCGACAACGGUACCGCCUGCUCGCGCUCUCCGGGACCUACCUAGGGAACAAGAGGAAGCUACUCUGAGUCUGAGUCGAUCUAGGGAACAAGAGACUCUGAGUCUGAGUCGAUCUAGGGAACAAGAGGAAGUUACUCUGAAUCUGAGUGGAGCGAUCUAGGGAACAAGAGGAAGUGAGUCUGAGUCGAUCUAGGGCACAAGAGACUCUCAGUCUGAGUCGAUCUAGGGAACAAGAGUAAGUGAGUCUGAGUCAAUCUAGGGACAAGAGACUCUGAGUCGAUCUAGGGAACAAGAGACUGAGUCUGAGUCGAUCUAAGGAACAAGAGACUCUGAGUCUGAGUCAAUCUAGGGACAACAGACUCUGAGUCUGAGUCGAUCUAGGGAACAAGAGGAAGUUACUCUAAGUCGAAUCGCCAGACCGCCCACCUGUUAAAUUUACCUACAACGGAUUCAAAUUCGCCUCAUUCGUAAAAAUUGUCUUGUUUAUUUGCGUCCUUUCGUUAAAUUCAAUAUCCUUAACAAAGCACUCGAUUAAUUAAAAAACGGAUAAUAGAUAAAAUAGUCGUAAAUAUGUACAUAAUAUUUAAGUAUUCAAAAAUAAGAACUUUGAGGCGCACGCGAAUUCUGAUGUCAUUCUCUUUUGUCACUCUUUAGUGCGAAAUUAAAUAACUUGGCAUUUCCUUGUCUCUUAUUGCAAUUUUAUAAACGACUCUUAAAUGUAUUUACUUUCUACUAAAAAAUGUAAUCUGUCCUCUAAUAAACCAUUAUUACUGUUAUUGACUCGUCGGCUCACCUAUUGCGUCAAUAAUUUAGUGAGAAUACAGAAUACAAAUCUUAAAGGGUUCUUCCUACCUUCAAGUACUACUAAAUUGUCUUUGAAAGGCUCCCAACUAGGAGACGCGGUGGCUGAAAUGACGCUUACGUCGUCCGCCAAAAACAUGUUACAUAGGGAUUUGUUUUUUUUUUUCGUUUCGAUCCAUCAUGUUUUUGACUUUUUUUUCCCUACCUAAGCUAAUGUCUUGAGAGAACAUAUCAGCGUCACCGGGCUAGUAGAUAAAUUUCGACUGCUUAUUUUCUCUCAAAAUAUGAAUUCACACUUUUUGAAAAUGAACAGUGAAUAAAAUACAGUCGUUUAAUAAUUAUAGAAAUUGGAUUUGAUUCGUUUAAAAAUUAUGGUGCUAAAGUAUAAAUAAAUGUUUUUCGUGUUGAAAUUAGAAACAUGUCCGUCCAGACAUUGCCUUCGUAUUAAAGUUGUGAAUUAUAGUAGGAUUUUAGUGUUUUAUUGCACCGAAAGUAGAGCGCGUCAUGCCUCUUGGAUACUGUUAUGCAAUAAAAAAUUAACUGCACUAAUUUUCAAAUUUUUCAUUACGUGUUGAUUCUGGGACAUCUUCUAAAUAAUUCUAAUCAAUUGCAUAACACUCAAAUCAAUAAUUCAAAUACAUAUAUAUCUUACAGUUUGUUAAAUAUUUACAAUACCUUAUAUUGUCUUGUAUAGGAAUAAGUGAUAAAAUUCAUGCAUUGACCGAAGGAUUCGCUCUUAAAGAGAAAAUCCUUUUAUUGUAUAGAUUCGUGAGAUGUACAGUUACGAUUGAGAUUUUACCGAAUGUAAAAAAAUAAAUAAACGCCUACUGAUUAAUUUUAAGUUGAAUAUUCAUUUAAUUUAAGUUAUUUUAGAAUUAAUAAAAUUUCGCCGCUGUUUUAUAUUGCCUAGUCAUGGAAAGCGGACAAUUUUAUAUAUGAUUUAUGUAAUUUAUGUAAGUCCUUGGUACUUCAAUACAGCAUGUCGAAAAUAUUAGCAUCUCAGCGAGACGCCUUGUUUAUUAAAACAUUAUCAAAAUGUACGUUUAAGGAAAAUGCUCGACACUUGAUAAUUUAAAUGACAUUUUGACAUUAAAAUAUAUGUUUUUUUUGACAUGUUGACAUUGCAGUGUCAAUGACGUUUUAAACAACAUUCCCGUGGUGACAAGUAAUUUUCAUUGUAUUUUAAGUUGGUAUAAAAAACAAAUUUAUGGAAAUAAAUCAAGUUAUUUAGCUUACAAUGCAAAAAACUAAAUCAAUUGGUUAUAAUGUAUGUAUUUGUACUUAAAUUAUUCUGUAUAGGCAUAGUCUAGAUGUAGAAUGUAACAUUGUAUGAAUAUUGGUUCGAAUAAAUGUGUAAUAAACA